UGCUAUUAGGACCUCCAGCCCCUUCUUUUUUAACCUGUCGCCCAAUAAAGAAGCGGGGCAUUUGAAUUUAGUCGCACUCGCUGCACAGCAUUGGACUUCAGGCAUAUUAUUUGAAUAUUAUUAUAUCACGGCUUUGGUCAGUUCAUGUCGUCUUAUGCGAUGACCUCAAUAUACAGGUGCACGACGCUGUCUGGUGAAAAUGAACAAUUAGGAAGAAAACUAAGGAAACUGAGGCAAAAAUAUGAGUUACUAGAGAAUCAGCUAUCCAACAUCCAGGAAAAACUUCAGCAUCAACGAGUGAUGCAAGAGUGCAAUGCCUCCAGAGAUGUCCAGGUCCAAACAGAGCUGCAGCCAUGGCUGCAAAAGGGGCUGCAAAAUGUAAAACCUAAGCCAGAAAACAAUCCACUCUCAGAUUUGUAUAGUACAUUGCUGCAACGCUAUGAGAAGCAAAUGCAAUUUAACAAGGAGCAGAGUGAUUUAAUUUUAGAGCUUUAUGGAAGGUUGCAGUCACAGGAGACUCAGCUUCAAGCAGCACAAGAUGUUGUGGACCAGUGCAAUCUGUUGCCAUUAAACAGACGGUCCAGCAGUGCAGGGAGAAAAACUGUUUACACCUCGGAGAAAGUGUCAGCUUGCAAAUGUGCAAGUCAGAUAUUCUGUGAUCCACACUGCCACUGCACAGAAUUUAGAGUGGAAAUUGAAAAAUUGCAGAAAGAGAAAGCAAGACUUUCCAAAGAAAAAGAGAUGUUGAAGAUGGAACUGGCUCUUCUAGAUAAGGACUUUUUUGAAGAGAUUGAAGAUCUGAAAUUUGCACUGCAAGAAAGUGCUCAACUGAACCAAAAAUAUGAAAAGUAUAUUAAGCAGAUAUCUUUAAGAUAUGGACUUCCUGUUCCUGGCGCAUACUCAUAUUAUUCUGAAUAAAAUGUUCAAUUA